AUGGAGCUGCCUGCUGCCACCUUCUUCCACGGGGUGGGCGAUGAGGUGGCAGUGGUGGCCGGGGUCGUGGUGCUGGUGCUGGCCCUGGUCCUGGCUUGGCUCUCCACCUACGUGGCCGACAGCAGCAGCCAGCUGCUGGGCAGCAUCGUGGCGGCAGGGGACACAGCUGUCAUCCGCCUGGGCCGCGUGGAGAGGCUGGUGGGGACAGCAGCGGCUGCUGAGGCCCCGGAGCCCCCGCGGGCCCCUGAACGCACAGAGGAGAAGGCAGAAGAGGAGGGAGAGGCAGCGUCAGAGCCAGCAACAGAGCAAGGGGACAGCGGCAGCGCCCCCGAGCCCGGCCUGGCCCUCCGGGGCUUGCCCAAGGGGACCUCAGGUGCUGAGCCCAGCCCGGGGGGGGCCGAAAUCUGCUCUGGGCUCAUCAAGAUCCGGCUCAAAUUCCUCAACGACACCGAGGAAGUGGCAGAGGUUCGGCCUGAGGACACCGUGGGGGUCCUCAAGAGCAAAUACUUCCCGGGCCAGGAGAGUCAGACGAAGUUCAUCUACCGCGGGCAGCUGCUGCAGGACCAGGCCCGGACGCUGCGCUCGCUGCGCAUCACCGACAACUGCGUCAUCCACUGCCACCGCAGCGCCGCCGCCACCGCCGGCCUGCCCGACCCCGGCACCGCCACCGCCGACAGCGGCAGCCUGCCCCCGGGCGCGGGGAGCCUGACGGUGCCAGCCCUCAUGGUGGUGCUGGCUGUCGUCUGGUACUUGCGCAUCACCUACCGGCAGCUCUUCACCGCCCCGGCCACCGUCUCCCUGAUCGGCGUCACCCUCCUCUUCAGCUUCCUGCUGUUCGGCACCUACGGGCAGUAGGGACCGCGCCCGGGCGGUGCCGCCGCCGCCGCCGCCGCCGCCGCCGCCCCGUCCCGUGUGCGGGCCCCGCAGCACCACCGCGGCGCCGGCGGCGAGGGGGCUUGGCGCAGCCUUGCCGAGCUCCGUGCUGGACUUGGUCCCUGAGAGGGGCUGUGCCGCCAC